AUGCCUGUAAUCCCAGUGAAGGGUGACAACGUGCUAGCGGCCCUCGCUCUCGGCGCCUCCUUGGCCUCGGCGUCCACUCUGGCGGCGCUUGAGGAGCCCUUCAGCCCACCCGGCACUGUGGGAGCCCCUCUCUGGGCUGGCCGAGGCCGGAGCCACCUCCCUCUGCUUUCGGGGAGGUGUGGAGGGAGAAGCGCGGGCGGGAACCGGGGCUGCGCACGGCGCUCGCGGGCCAGCGCGAGUUCCGGCGGGCACAGGCGUGGGCUCGGCGGGCCCCGCACACGGAGCGGCUGGCUGGCGCCGUCGGCCCAGGGCAGUGAGGGGCUUAGCACCAGGGCCAGCAGCUGCGGAGGUUGUGCCGGAUCCCUAGCACUGCCUGCCCGCAUGCACCGCGCUCGAAUUCUCGCCGGGCCUGCAGCCCGCCAUGCCCGAACCCCACCUCGUGGUGGGCUCCCGCGCGGCCCGAGCCUCCCCAACGAGCGCUGCCCCGGCUCCGCGGCGCUCGGUCCCAUCAACCGCCCAGGAGCUGAGGAGUACGGGUGCACGGCGCUGGACUGGCAGGCAGCUCCGCCGGCGGCCCGGGUGCGGGAUCCACUAGGGCCCGAAGUUGCUCAGCCUGAAGUACAUACCACCCUGGGUCGUGUGUGCCUACAAGACGUGGAGAACAUGAACAACAGCAGAGUUGUCCUCAACAGAAAACAGCAGAUCUUCUCUCUUUCAGAGGACUUCCUGGUCCUCAACAUCUAUAGCCCAGCUGAGGCCACCGCAGGGGCCAGUAGGCCGGUCAUGGUAUGGGUCCAUGGAGGCUCUCUGAUAACUGGCGCUGCCACCUCCUAUGAUGAAUCAGCCGUGGCUGCCUAUGGGGAUGUGGUCGUGGUUACAGUCCGGUACUGCCCUGGGGUCCUUGGCUUCUUCAGCACCGGAGAUGAACAUGCACCUGGCAACCAGGGCUUCCGAGAUGUGGUAGCUGCUCUGCGCUGGGUGCAAGGAAACAUCACUCCCUUCGGGGGUGACCUCAACUGUCACCGUCUUUGGUGGAUCUGCUGGUGGAAGCAUUGUCUCUGGCCUGGUGCCUUGCACACCAAGAAGCCUCAAGUGGUCACCAAAUAUAGAACCCUGCAAGGAAAACAGAUGCACAUGGGGAAGACACCCAUCCAAGUCUUUUUAGGAGUCCCCUUCUCCAGACCUCUUCUAGGUGUCCACAGGUUUGUGCCUCCAGAACCCCCGGAGCCCUGGAAAGGAAUCAGAGAUGCUACCACCCACCCACCUGGGUGCCUGCAGGAGUCUUGGGGCCAGCUGGCCUCCUUGUAUGUCAGCACGCGGGAACAGUACAAGUGGCUGCGCUUCAGCGAGGACUGUCUGUACUUGAACGUCUACGCGCCGGCGCGCGCGCCCGAGGACCCCCAGCUGCCGGUGAUGGUCUGGUUCCCGGGAGGCGCCUUCAUCGUGGGCGCCGCUUCUUCGUACGAGGGCUCUGACUUGGCCGCCCGCGAGAAAGUGGUGCUGGUGUUUCUGCAGCACAGGCUCGGCAUCUUCGGCUUCCUAAGCACUGACGACAGCCAUGCGUGCGGGAACUGGGGACUGCUGGACCAAAUGGCGGCUCUACGCUGGGUGCAGGAGAACAUCGCAGCCUUCGGGGGAAACCCAGGAAAUGUGACCCUGUUCGGCCAGUCGGCGGAGGCCAUGAGCAUCUCAGGACUGAUGAUGUCACCCCUAGCCUCGGGUCUCUUCCAUCGGGCCAUUUCUGAGAGUGGCACUGCGUUACUCAGACUUUUCAUAACUCGUAACCCACUGAAAGUGGCCAAGAAGGUUGCCCACCUGGCUGGAUGCAACCACAACAGCACACAGAUCCUGGUAAACUGCCUGAGGGCACUUUCAGGGGCCAAGGUGAUGCGUGUGUCCAACAAGAUGAGAUUCCUCCAACUGAACUUCCAGAGAGACCCUGAAGAGAUUAUCUGGUCCAUGGGCCCUGUGGUGGAUGGUGUGGUGAUCCCAGAUGACUCUCUGGUGCUCCUGACCCAAGGGCAGGUUUCAUCUGUGCCCUACCUUCUAGGUGUCCACAACCUGGAGUUCAAUUGGCUCUUGCCUUACAUUGUGAAGUUCCCGCUAAACCGGCAAGCGAUGAGAAAGGAAACCAUCACUAAGAUGCUCUGGAGUACCCACACCCUGUUGAAUAUCACCAAGGAGCAGGUACCACUUGUGGAGGAGGAGUACCUGGACAAUGUCAAUGAGCAUAACUGGAAGAUGCUAUGAAACCGUAUAAUGGACAUAGUUCAAGAUGCCACUUUCAUGUACACCACGCUGCAGACUGUUCACUACCACUGAGAUGCCAGACUCCCUGUCUACCUGUAUGAAUUUGAGCACCACGCUCGUGAAAUAAUUGUCAAACCCCGCACUGAUUGGGCAGACCAUGGGGAUGAGAUGUACUUCCUCUUCGGGGGCCCCUUUGCCACAGGCCUUUCCACAGGUAAGGAGAAGGCACUGAGCCUCUGGAUGAUGAAAUACUGGGCCAACUUUGCCUGCACAGGAAACCCCAAUGAUGGGAAUCUGCCCUGCUGGCCAUGCUACAAGGAUGAAAAGUACCUGCAGCUGGAUUUUACCAUGAGCGUGGGCAUGAAGCUCAAGAGGAAGAAGAUGGCUUUUUGCAUGAGUCUGUACCAGUCUCAGAGACCUGAGAAGCAGAGGCAAUUCUAAGGGUGGCUAUGCAGGAAGGAGCCAAAGAGGGGUUUGCCCCACCACCCAGGCCCUGGGGAUACUGGCCAUGGACAUACCUGGGGACAAGAGUUCUACCCACCCCAAUUUAGAAUUGCAGGAGCUCCCUGCUGCCUCCAGGCCAGAGCUAGAGCUUUUGCCUCUUGUGUGGGACCUGCACCGCCCUCUCCAGCCUGUCAUCCCAUGAUGCCCCUUACCUCAAUGUUGACAUCCAGUUAGGCCAGGCCCUGUCAACACCAUACUGUGCCCAGCUCUCCAGCCUCAGGACAACCUCUCUUUUUCCCUUCUUCAAAUCCUCCCACCCUUCAGUGUCUCCGUGUGGCUCCUUCUUAUGGGAGGUCGACCCAGACUGCCAGUGCCCCUGUCACUGCACCCAGCUUGGCAUUUACCAUUCAUCCUGCUCAACCUUGUGCCCGUCUGUUCACAUUGGCCUGAAGGCCUAGGGCAGGUUGUGACAUGGAGCAAACUUUUGGUAGUUUGGGAUCUUCUCUUCCACCCGCACUUAUCUCCCCCAGGGCCACUCCAAAGUCUAUCCACAGGGAUGUUCUCAAUAAAGAAGUGUUGAUUUGACCUGAAUUUCUCCACCUAUAAAA